ACAGAACACAGCAGUUUCAUGGAACCCUUCCUCAUGCUUGUCUUCCUUUUCUCUCUCAUUGCUCUACUCUUCCAACUUUGUCACUCUACAACAAUUGUAGUAGAUGGAGUUUCAGAAUGGACAAACCCCACUGUUCAAAUAGGGGACAUUGUCAUUUUCCACCACAAGUAUCACUACAACCUCUACAUUUUCCGGAACCAAGGGGCCUUCUACCUCUGCAACUUCACCCAGGCCACACUUCUCUCCAAACCCAAUUCUACCUCUUUUACUUGGCACCCCUCACGCCCUGGUUUCUUCUACUUCUCCUUCAACAAUGGCUCCACCAAACCAUGUCAACAAGGCCACAAGCUCGCUGUGAAGGUGUCUCUCUCACCAGAACAAGCACCAAUGACAGCUCCAACGCCAAGCUCCGGUGGCGCUGCAUCGUCUUCUCCGGCGUUCCCUUGGCCUUUUAGACCUCGAGAAUUGACUUCACCGAGUCCUUCACCUAGUGUGUUUCUUCCAGCGAUGGGUCCUAUGCCGCCGGAAAAUGGUGGCGGCGGUGGUGGUAUACCAUUUAUCAGCAGCAAUCCAGCAGUACCUCUACCCUCUAGUGAAAUGGACUCGGCCACAAUUCUUCCGUUGCCAACUUCUGGCCACCAAGAACAGGUGGUAGGCUUUGUUGCAGUUCAGAGAGCUUUGGGUUGUUUGAUUUUUCUGGUGAUGCUAUGAGAGAGGGAGAGAGAGAGAGUGUGUGUUUUUUUUUGGAAUUUAGGUAAGGGUAAAGAGAUAUGUGGUAGGGCUAACGUGCGCCAGAAACUGUAGUUUUGUAUCUAAAGUGGCUUUAAGGGUGAUGAUUUUACCAUGUAAUAUGUUAUCCUUAACCCUACUUUAGAAUCAUUAGCACUUUGUUGGUUGCUUUACUCUUUAGGUUUGGC